UAUUAGGGAAAUGCAUACAAAGAGGGCGACUUCUGCUCUGAGUGUUUCAUAUGAGUUACUCACAUCGCUUUAUUAGCGCAUAAGUGAGGAACUUAAUAAAAAAAAAAACAAUAAUAAUUUUGUUAUUGGUGCCCUAUCGAAGGUAUGUUGUUAGGUAAUUCGAAAGUAAUAUCAGUCGCGUCUGUGAAGCCGCACAAUGUAUUCGUAAGCGUGGUUUAGUCAUACUUUUUUUCAUUUUCUCUCUCUCGUAUUUAUUUUUUUUAUUCUCUUGUAGCUUUAGCGGUCUGACAAUGAUACUGAAUAAAUUUGACGAUUUAGUGAGCUGAGAGACUCUCAAUGGGAAGCCACGGAUUUCAGAAUACAACAUGAGUGCAGAUAAUGGCAAUGUUGUAAGUGAAAGUGAAAAAAUAAACCUGGAAUUUUAUAAUAUAUGCUAUUCAGUGUGUUCACGGAAAAGAAGUGGCAAAGUGGAUAUUCUGAAAGGACUAUCUGGAAAAUUUACUUCUGGAAGACUUUGUGCAAUUCUAGGACCUUCUGGUGCAGGAAAAAGUUCACUAUUAAAUAUUAUUUCUGGCUUCAAAACAACAUUUGAUGAUGGCGAAAUUCUUAUCAACGGACGAGUUUUUGGCGUUAAUGAAUUUAGGAAAAAAUCAUGCUAUAUUCUACAAGAAUUUGCUCUUCAUGGCAAACUCACCACUCUAGAGACUCUCAAGAUAGCCGCAGAUCUCAAACUUCCAGCGAUGUGUACAAAAAAAGAGAAAAUGAGGAUUGUCUUCAAUGUGUUGAAUAUUUUGGGAUUGGACAAAAAUUCAGACACACGAGUCGAUGAUUUAUCAGGUGGAGAGUGCAAGCGACUAUCAAUUGGAGUGGAAUUGCUCACAAAUCCUCCAGUGAUGUUCCUGGAUGAGCCAACAAGUGGCUUGGAUAGUAUUUCGGCUGUCCAAGUCGUAUCCCAUUUAAAGGAUUUGGCUCGUGCUGGAAGAACUAUUGUCUGUGUGAUACAUCAACCAUCAUCGAGACUUUUGGAAUUCUUUGAUGAUCUCUAUGUGAUAUCCAAUGGGCAGUGCAUCUACAGUGGACCUAUGGAGGAAAUGGUGGGAAAAUUUCAAGAAGCAGGAUAUCAAUGUCCACAGUAUUACAAUAGGGCGGAUUUUGCUUUAGAAGUUGCAACAGGAGAACGUUCAGGAAAACUCAAUAAUCUCAUUCAAAAAUCUAUCCAGAGAAUCACUGUUAAUUCUCAAGAAGAUGAUCAAGAAUCUUCAGAACGGAGUAAAAUGCUGCCAAAUCUACAAAGAACCAUCAACUAUAAUGAUGAAAAAUACACAAUAUCUCAAUGGAAGCAAUUUUAUAUCCUGCUGAAGAGAUCUUUUGUCUGCAUAUCGCGGGAAAUCAUUGUAACGCAACUGAAAAUCCUUACUCACCUCUUUGUUGGAUUGCUAAUUGGAGGAAUUUUUUACAACAUUGGCAAUGAUGGUGCAAAAGUUUCAGCUAACAUAUCACUGCUAUUCUUCAUAAUAAUGUUCAUUUACUUCGGGAAUUCCAUCCCUUAUGUAUUGCUUUAUCCGCUGGAAUCGAGGAUAUUUUACAGGGAAUAUUUGAACAAUUGGUAUGGUUUCCUACCAUACUUUUACUCAAAAAUCCUGGCGGAAAUUCCAUGUUUGAUGAUCUCAACUUUUGCCACUCUUAUUCCCGUCUACUACAUCACAAAUCAACCAAUGGAAUUGGAAAGAUUCUUUCUUCUAGCUAACAUUUACAUUCUAACAUCAUUUGUUGCUCUCUUUUCCGGACUAACUAUUGGAACACAGUUCUCCACACAACUGGCCAUCUUCAUGAUGCCAGCCUUUGGACUUCCUUUGAUAGUUUUCUGUGGAUAUUUCAUACACUACAGUGAAUUGCCAACCCUUCUGCAACCACUCACAUUCGUUACCUACUUUAGGUACAUCUUUGAGGGGUCUUUUCAAGCCAUUUAUGGAUUUGAUCGCAAGAAUCUCGAUUGCCAUCAAGUUUUCUGCUACUUUAGAUCAGUUAGCAAGGUUCUAGAACUCAUGGACAUGAAGGAGAAUACGUAUUUGGUAGAUAUUCUGGGAAUUAUUUUGUGGAUUUUGUUGUUUAAGUUGCUAUUUUUCCUUGCAUUGCGCGGUAAAAUCAAAAAGUUUACACUUUGAGUGGCCGUUACUGUACAGAAAAUUUAAAUUUUGGCGGUGAAAACUUAACGAAGGUAUUGGUGGGAACAGUAGUAAAUUAUCAAAUUUUGUUAGUAUUUUGCUUUGAGCAACAAAUGAGAGUAAAUAAAUAAUUAUUUUUGCAGUC